UAUAAAUUUAAGUAAUAUUUUUCAUAGUUUUGACAAUCAUCAUUAUGUUUGCGUCUGGUGUAUCAGGUGGAAUUUUAAUAUUAUUUCUUGCUUCUUCGGUGUUCUAUAUUCGUCCUGGGACUGCUUUCGUUUGCAGCAAUUACGCCGAAAAAUCUAGAAAUGCUAACGAGGUAUUACAAGUCCAUAUUGUACCUCAUACGCAUGACGAUGUAGGCUGGCUGAAGACUGUUGAUCAGUAUUAUUAUGGGGGCAACAAUAGCAUUCAGAGAGCUGGUGUGCAAUAUAUUCUUGAUUCAGUGAUACCUGCUUUAGAUUCUAACCCCUUGAGGCGUUUCAUCUAUGUGGAAAUGGCGUUCUUUAAAAGAUGGUGGGUCCAACAGACCCCUGCAAUGCAAGCACAGGUCCAAGCAAUAGUUGAAAGAGGUCAGUUGGAGUUUGUUAACGGAGGUUGGUGCAUGAAUGAUGAAGGAACAACUCAUUAUAAUGCUAUUAUUGACCAAAUGACCCAUGGAUUACAAUUUAUUGCAAACAAUUUUGGCUCAAAAGCUCAACCACGGGUUGCAUGGCAUAUUGACACUUUUGGUCACUCAGCCGAACAGGCUUCCUUGUUUGCACAAAUGUCUUUUGAAGGAUUUUUCUUCUCUCGAAUACAUCAUGCAGAUAUGGAAAAGCGAACUGAAGAACAAAGGAUGGAACUCAUGUGGCAGGGUAGCAAAAGUCUUGGUAAAGCCUCAGAAAUUUUUACAGGAGUUUUAUACCAUGGUUAUAGUCCACUGGAAGGAUUCUGCUUUGACAUACUUUGUGAUGACCCACCCAUUCAAGAUGACCCUCAGUUAUUUGAUAACAAUGUAAAAGAGAGAGUGGAAUUGUUUAUUAAUGAAACAUGUGAACAAGCACUACAUUACAAGUCAGGACAUAUUAUGCUCACAAUGGGAGAUGAUUUUAAUUACCAAAAUGCUGAAAUGUGGUUUAAGAACUUGGAUAAAUUAAUUGAUUAUGUAAAUAAGGAUGGAAGAGUGAAUGUAUUUUACUCAACACCAUCAAAUUAUAUUGAUGCAGUAAAAGGAAUUGAAUUGGAAUUGAAGAAAGAUGAUUUUUUCCCUUAUGCCAAUUGUCUGCACUGUUACUGGUCUGGAUAUUUCACCAGCAGACCUGCAUUUAAAGGUUAUGUCAGAAGAAGUAACAAUUUACUGCAGGUAUGUAAACAACUUGAAGUCCUGGGCAAUCUUCAUGAUCCCGACUUCAGUUCACAAACAUUACGAGAUGCAAUGGCUGUAGCUCAACAUCACGAUGCGGUAACUGGAACAGAAAAACAACAUGUUGUAAAUGAUUAUGCCAAACGACUGGCAAUUGGAGCUAAACAAUGCAAGAUGGUUAUCAACUCUACCCUGAACAAAUUGAUCCAAAGGGAAAGUUAUGAAUACACUUUCUGUGAUUACCUCAAUGUCAGUGCUUGUUCUGCUACAGAAACCUCCAAGACUUUUAUUAUUGCUGUAUACAACCCAAUUGCUCGACCAAUAGAGACGAACAUUCGAGUUCCAGUAUCCAGUAGGUCUAUGGUGGUUUAUGGCCCGGAUGGUGAACCAGUGUCGUUUUCGAUACAACCCGUAACAAAAGUGACUAGGAUUAUUCGAGGUGAACGUGGUAACGCUUCGUACGAGUUGGUCUUUCCUGUUGUGAAUUUACCACCACUUGGCUUGGGUAUGUAUGAAGUUAAUAUCACCUCAAAUUUAAUAAAAUCUAAAUCAAAAAAGGUUUCUUUCAUCGCAAAGAGUACAGGUUAUCUUGUCAUCACAAACAAACAUCUUCGGUUGACGUUUUCGACCAAAAAUGGUCGUCUUGUUGAAAUUGAAAAUUUGGAUUCUAGCAUCAAACAAUCAGUCGAUCAGCAAUUCCUUUGGUAUAAUUCCAGUGUCGGGAACAAAGUGAGUGAUCAAGCUUCCAAUGCCUAUGUCUUCAGGCCAAACUCCAGUGAAGCUUUUAAUGUUAGCUUUGAUAACCAUGCAAAAAUAGCGAUAGUCAAAAACAGUGUUGUACAAGAGAUCCAACAAGUUUUCAAUCCUUGGGUUAGCCAGGUUGUUAGGUUGUAUUCUAAUAAACCGUAUGCAGAAUUUGAAUACACCAUUGGACCAAUCACAAUGUCUCGCGGUGCACUUGGUAUGGAGGUAAUAUCAAGAUUUGAUACAAAUUUAAAGACUAAUGGUAUAUUCUACACGGAUGCAAAUGGACGUGAAAUGCAAACGAGGAAACGUGAUUUUCGUCCCACCUGGUCAUAUGAAAAUGCAGAACCCGUAGCAGGAAACUAUUACCCAGUAAAUAGUCGAGCUUAUAUCAAAGGUGACACCGGAAUUCAACUGACAAUAAUAUCAGAUCGUUCUGUCGGGGGUGCCAGUUUAAGGGAUGGUUCAUUAGAGUUCAUGAUUCAUCGGAGAUUGCUUUAUAACGAUGGGGCUGUUGGUGGAGAACCGUUAAAUGAACCUGGUCGAGACGGUCGCGGACUUAUUGUUCGGGGAAGGUUUUUAGUUUUACUCGAAACCGCCAAAAAUUCUGCGAAAUUACAUCGCGUUGUUGCUGAAGCGGAAUUUUUGCGACCACAACUCGCUUUUUCAAAAGGAGCUCCUAGCUGGGCUCUUGGUAAUGACAAAGUUCAACGAAAAUUACGCGGUGAGCAAGCAGGAAGAAGUUACUGUGGAUUAACUCGUCCACUACCGGAUAAUGUCCAUCUGUUGACGUUGGAAAAAUUUAACAAAGCUGUGUUGUUGCGUCUAGAACAUCAGUUUGCGGUAGACGAGGAUAAUGAACUUUCAAAGCCUGUUACUGUUCAACUGAAAGGCUUGUUUCAAGACUUUACUAUCCUUUCUCUUACUGAACUUAACCUCAGUGCAAAUAUGAUAAAGAAUAAACGAAAAAAUACAAAAAACUGGAAACGAGAUUCGGAACACGAAACGAGUCGCAAUGCCAAUGAUAAGUACGACGUCAUUUUAAACGCAAUGGAAAUCAAAACAUUUAAACUUGAUAUCGAAUGGAAGCAUGCAUGAAGAUUUUCUCUGUUUUUCAUCUUGGAAGUGACGCUUGCCAUAUAAUAAAACCUUUUAAUAUUUCUGUAUUAAUGAAUUAAAUACUAGAUAUAAAGCGUCGGGAAUGAGAUCUCAAUGUGUUUUUACUCUUUGAUCAAUUAUGAAAUUUAUAGAUAAAACUGGAAAUAAACCCUGGUACUUUAGGCAUAUAGCCUC